AUGACAGCAGAUCUCCCAAAUAAACAAAAGGGCCGCGAGCUGGAUCGCGUAAAGAGGACUAAAGAUGGAGUCACUCAGUUGCCGCGAAAAAAGUUCUAUCGCCAGCGAGCGCACGCAAAUCCCUUCUCCGACCAUAUCCCCAGGUCUCCAGAUGAUAUGGAUUGGUCUCCAUAUUUCCCACAUUACGUUCAACAGGGAGCGUCGAAAGAUUCAUCAAAGCCUCCUCGUCUGACAAAGGAUGUAGAAAUUGUCGAUAUUGGCUGCGGAUUUGGUGGUCUUUCGGUAGCCCUGGCACCCAAGUUGCCCGAUACACUCACACUCGGCUUGGAGAUCCGCGCGCAAGUGGCAGGCUAUGUCCAAGAGCGCAUAAAAGCUUUGCGAUCACAGAAUUCAGACAACAUGUAUCAAAACGUGGGCUGCAUCAGAGCAAACACUAUGAAGUUCCUUCCCAACUUUUUCAAGAAGAGUCAACUAUCCAAGAUCUUCAUCUGCUUUCCUGACCCUCAUUUCAAGGCUAGGAAACACAAGGCCAGAAUUGUGUCGACAACGCUGAACUCGGAGUAUGCCUAUGCGCUUCGGCCGGGAGGUAUUGUGUAUACUAUCACAGAUGUGGAGGACCUGCAUCUGUGGAUGGUCCAGCAUCUUGAAGCUCACCCUGCCUUUGAAAGGGUCUCCAAGGAAGAUGAAGAGGCAGAUGAAUGUGUCCAGGUUAUGUCAACUGAGACUGAAGAAAGCAAGAAGGUCACAAGGAAUAACGGCCAGAAGUUCGUAGCGUUGUUUCGGAGACUUGAGGAUCCUCCGUGGUAG